UUUUUUUUUCCCUUUACUUUAUUUUUUACAUUGUUGCUGUAUAGUAAUGGAUUAUUUUGCGUAUCGUAGUAGCAGCAGUAGUAGUAGUAGUAGUAGUUAUUGUCACAGUGAUGGCAGUGACAGCGACGAGGCUGGCAGUAGUCAUCCUAACUCAUGGAAAGGCGAAACAUCUUCAAAUUUAACAAGCACCGCCACAACGACAACAAGUGGAGUAAAUUUAACAUCCACAGGUUCCCUACCGCCAACACCCACAGCUUAUCCGCAAGACAUUGACCGAUCUGCGGAUAGGAACAGUAGACCGGCGCAUAUGAGAUAUUCAGCUUCUUUCUUUAUACCCGACCAUGGAGAGCCGUUCAAUUUGAUAUCGCUAUCACAGUCGCUCCCUUCUCCACCUAUCACACCUCAAACAACAGAAAGAAGACAGCAGCAAGAAGCUGAACCACAGACAUUAAAGAAGCCUUCACUGUCAAGGUACCCAUUUCAAAGCCAAGCUUCGUCAGCCAAUUUUUUGCCGCCGUCGCUUUCCGUUCCUUCCUCGUUAGGCGAUUCUUCCUGUGCAGAUCAUGUACAAGAUACCCUUCGCGACAGGAACGAAGACGACGACAACAUCAUACAACGACGAUUUAGUCAUCCGCCCAUGACGAGACACUUGCCACGACUACAUAUUUUGCUCGUAGAUGACAAUAGUAUUAACUUGGCUAUUCUAUCAAAACUUUUGAAAAUCCAUCUAUCGCAAUAUAUCGAACAUAUCGAGCUGGUGAAAAGCGGUAUUAAGGCGCUUGAAGUGCUGAAAUGCCGUCCUUUCGAUUUGAUUUUGAUGGACAUCGACAUGCCUCUGAUGAACGGUGUGGAAACAACCAAGCACAUUCGUUGUUCGUUUGAAUUUGAUGUUCUGCCACGUAAUCGUAAGGCACCUAUAUUUGCAGUAACCACCAACGACUCUGAAGCAUGGAGACAGCUUUAUAAAGACAUUGGCAUGAAUGGUUGCAUUAGCAAGCCUAUUUCACCUAUUGAUCUUAUAAAAAGUCUCUGUAGUGCGUUCGAUUUGCCAAUGUCAAUGCCACCUUACACACCGCAGUGAGAUAGUUGAACAAAGAAAACCUUUAUUUAUUACUUGUAUACCCCCUCCCCCUUCUUCUUCCUCAUGAGUUACUACUGCAAUUAUUACCAUUACUACUCAUUACUACUACUGUCACUAAGGAAUUGCCUUUUUUUUUUGGGUUUUUGUCAUUUUUCUUUAUUCUUUUUACUGUAGUAUCCUUUAUAUAUUUCCUUACUUUCUUCUUCUUAUCGUACAAAAAAAAAAAAAACAAAAAAAAAGAGAUGGAUGCAUCUUGUGAAUAGAUGGAAAAGAAUAAUUCAGAACACUUUCUUGCUUUAGCACAUGCUAUCUAUUGCAAAAAAAAAAAAAAAAAAAAAAAAAA